CAAACACCUCUUUGACGUGAAGAAGCGUAACUCGUCCGGGAGUUCUCCAUAUUACAUUGGAAAGCUUCCAUGAAUUGCCUCUUUCAAUCAUCCUAUGUUUACCUCAACCGGAACCAGUCGGAACACUUCUGUAUCUUUGUCUUCAACCCCCGCCACAGCAACAAGGCUCCCCAUCGUUUCUCCCCUUCCUAUCCGCGCCGUCGCCACCACCGCCGUCGCCUCCUCCACAAAUUCUUUCGGGAUUUUUCAACCGGAUUCGGCCCCUCCCCUUUGCCGCCUGGCAAAAACCUCAAAUUAAUCCCUGCACUCGACAGCUUACCCUCCCCGCCCCUGGACCGCCUCAGGGACGGUAUUGAGUCUCAGCUCGCCGGGUUCCUCGACUCUGGUCUCGCCGCUGUAGAAGACCUGCAGACUCUCGUUCGCGUUGAUGGUCAGACCCGGAAGAUGGUGAUAUCCUGCCGCAGGUCCACGGUCGAUUUCUUAGGCACUCUGUUCCUUUCCAGUAUCAUUAUUCAUUUCACUCUCAAGGGUUUCAUUAAAAUAUUAGCUUUUGGACUUCGAAGAAACUACCCAGCAGGUAAUGUGCAUACGGUGUACAAAAGGGAUCGGAGUCUGGGUGGGAGAGAGGUGUUGGUUGCGAAGAGGGAGACAGCUGAUGAUAGGACUAACAAGAAUAGAAUUAACAUGCUCGAAAGUAUUAAUGGUAUAGACAGUAACAUACUCGCUUCUUCAGACUGGAUUAGAGGAAAGACGUAUUCGAAAAGAAGUAGCUCUAUGAAUAGAUUGCCCAAAUGGUGGUCGUCCACAACUAGUUCUGGUGAAGGACCGAUUGAGUAUCAGGAGGAGAAUCAAAGAAUGGCCAAUAAAUUGGUUCGAGCCAUAUUGGACAACAGAAUGAGUGGAAGGGACAUUUUGGUGGAUGAUAUAAUUCAAUUACGGCGGAUAUGCAAAUCAUCUAAAGUGAGGGUCUCAUUUGACACUGAACAUGCUCGAGAUUCUCUCUACCGUACAUCUGUUGAUUAUGUUCUGACCUACUGCGAAAGUACAGUGAAUCGACCAGGCCUUAUUCACAUUGAUGGUGAGGAUGUGCACAAGUUCAUUGCAGAGCUGUCUGAUAAUAUUGACCUUCAGAACACUAGAGCUGCAAGAAUGGUGUCUGCAGCUGUCGCUGCACAUACAAGGUCCAGGCUUUUGCAGGCAUGGGUAAGCUCUCAGGGUUAGGAUCAGCAAAAUGUUAGGUCUCCUUUGGAUUGGAUUUGGAUUCCCGGGAAAAAGGCCCUUGAAAUGCAAAGCAGACAUGCGGGAGCUGUUGAGGAACUUAGAAAAAUAUGUCUUAUCCACAAGAUAUUCCCCCCUGAGGAGUACUCGCCUGAGAUGGAAAUGGUGGCUCGAGGCCUUCAAAAGCUCUUAAAAGUAGAGCAGAGAGAAUUUUUGAUGGACACAUUCAGAGGAAUUUGUGGCGAAUACUCUAGCAAAAGUGUGGCGGAAGCUCUUGGUGUGUCUGGAUGAUGUGGUUCAUCAACAAGAAGCAAAGUAUCCACGGGCUUCAUUAAUCUUGGUACAUAUUAGUUUUACGCGUAGCUCAUUUCACAUGUGAUAUGUAUUUUGGUUUAACACUUUCAAUGCCAUUAUAAAUUUGAUUAUUCCCAAUGCCUUAUGCAAAUAUUGAUUAGAAUACUCUAAAACAUUGGCCUUUUACUGAUCAAAACUAUCAAUUAUUUAUUUGUAUAUUCCAAUAAGAAGUUUAUGUGCCAAUUUAUAUUUACUGUCGUACUUCUAUAA